AUGCUCAGCAUUUUUAGUAGGUUAUGCUUACGGUCUAGACGGUCAAAUAAGAUAUUUCUUUACCGGUUACGUCAAGAAUUUGAAGAGCAUUCUUUGUUGACUACCAUCUCAUAUAACUGCGUUUGUGGGUGCUGUCGCUCAACCAGUUUAUGCCAGAUUCGACAUAUUUGGUAG